AUGUCGAACGAUGACCCCCCGGCGUCAUCCGCCGCUGCGGCUGCGCCACCCGACGACGACGGCGCCGCCGCAGGCGACUGGCUCUUCGCCGCGCCGCCUCCCAAAACGAAGAAGCGAAAGACGCUCGCGCACGAGUCCGUCUACCUCGACGCGCUGCCCUCGGCGUCGAUGUACGAACGAUCGUUCAUGCACCGCGACACCGUGACGCACGUCGCGUUCGCGACGACGCACGAUUUCUUCGUCACGGCUUCAAUCGAUGGACACUUGAAGUUUUGGAAGAAGCGACACCGCGGCGUGGAGUUUGUGAAGCACUUUCGAGCGCACGCGAGCGAGAUCCUCGGAUUGAGCGUGAGCGCAGAUGGAGGGAUGUGCGCGACGAUCGGGAGCGAUAAUACGUGCAAGAUAUUCGAUGUGGUGAACUUUGACAUGUUGUUGAUGCUGAAGCUGCCGUACGCGCCGACGGCGUGCGAGUUCGUGUUUCGAAGAGGAGAUGCCGUCCACGCACUCGCGAUCGGGGACGAUGCGGGAACGAUCCGAGUGUACGAUGCGCUGUCGUCAAGCGCAGAGCCAGUGAAGACGUUGGAUAAGUUGCACAGAUCGAGAAUCACGGCGUUGCGAUACAACUCGGCGCGCGAAUGCGUCAUCUCCGCCGAGGAGAAGGGAGCGUUGGAGUACUGGUCAUCGCGACCAGAGGACGAUUACGCGGCGCUGACGAGCUCCAACCACGCGAAAAUUGAGUUUAGAUACAAAUUAGACACAGAUCUUUAUGCCUUGGCCAAGGUAAAGACGGCGGCGUACGCCCUCGAGGUGAGCGCCGACGGCGAAAAGUUUAGCACAACUGGCCCAGACAGGCGAGUGCGAGUGUUCCGAUGGAAGACUGGCAAGUUGAUUAAAGACAUAGACGAAUCCUUGGAAGGCGCGGAGGACGUUCAACGGAGUGGGAUCGAGAAGUACGUGCUCGAGGAUAUAGAUUUCGGAAGACGAUUGGCCAUCGAACGCGAAUUGACGAAGUCGCUCGAAAAGCACGCGUGGCCGAAUGCUAUCUUUGACGAAAGCGGAAACUUCCUCAUUUACGCCUCGCACUUGGGUAUCAAGGUGGUAAACCUAGUGACGAAUCAGUGUCCACGAAUUAUCGGUAAAGUGGAGAACACGGAACGAUUUACUCGCUUGGCGUUGUUUCAAGGCGUGCCGCAAAAAGACAAACGAGCGAGAGGUUCAGGCAAAGACGUCAAAGUAGCCGAGAAAGACCCCACGAUCGUGGCGUGUGCAUUCAACAAGGUUCGUAUGUAUAUAUUUUCUAGUCACGAACCGGAAGAAGGCGACGAUGCAGCGACUGGACGCGACGUGUUUAACGAAAAACCACGCGCGGAAGAGCUACUCGCGGCGUCGGCGCUGCCAUCCGCGGGCGCGGGCGUGGCGACGAGCGCGGUGAUUCACACGACGCUUGGUGAUAUUCACGUUCAGUUCUUCCCGAACGAGUGCCCGAGGACUUGCGAAAACUUCAGCACGCACGCGCGAAACGGUUACUACGACGGUAUAGUCUUCCAUCGAGUGAUAAAGAACUUUAUGGUUCAAACCGGCGAUCCGCUCGGCGACGGCACUGGCGGCCAGUCUAUAUGGGGUGGCGAGUUCGAGGAUGAAAUCGUUCGUGACUUGCGCCACGAUCGGCCAUUCACCGUAUCCAUGGCAAAUGCCGGCCCGAAUACCAACGGGUCGCAGUUUUUCAUCACCACCGUCGCCACACCCUGGCUCGACGGCAAGCAUACAGUCUUCGGACGCGUCACGCGGGGCUCUGACGUCGUGCAAGCAAUCGAAAAUACGAAGUGCGACAAGCACGACAAGCCUUUAGAAGACAUCACGAUGCUGAGCAUCAAGCUCAACUACAAUUGA